GCUGCCGCUCAGCGGCUGGACUGCGGCGUAGUUAGCGAUAUCGCCCUCGCCUUUCUACUCUCAUGUCCAAUCCAUCGCAUCCGCACCCUAUGAAGGAAGUGGGGAGGUUGUGCCCCACGCCAUUGAGGGAACUUAUCCCGCUCGAAUCACCCGAGUCGGUGGUAUCGAAACCACCUCUUCCAUCUCCCCCACGGACGUUCUUGGACGCUUCGUACAUUCUGACCACUCAUCUUGUACCUGCCGCAUCGCCUCGAUCGACUCCUGAUGUUCCCUUGCCAGCAUUGCCUACAUGGACGCCGGACAAGGAACAAUGGAAGGCUUCUGUAAUGAGGACCGCAGAGGAGAUUGCGUCAACGCGAUACAAGCAGUGGGACGGAGAGCUUGCGUCGCCUGGAAGUACGAAGCCGUUGUGGGUAUGCGCCAACCGCUACGUGCGAAAGGAUGUUCUUGGUGCAGAGGAGAGUCGAGGCUUGACGCUGUUUGCCGCACACGCAAAUGGGUUCCCCAAAGAGAUAUGGGAGCCUGCGCUGUUGAAGUUGAUUGAAGCCCAGCAGGCCGCUCAAGGGGCGUACGCGAUCGACGAGAUAUGGGUAUGGGAGGCCGUCAACCACGGCGACGCAUUCCUUGUCAAUGCAGGAAACCUGGGUGGAAUGUAUGAUUGGCAGGAUAACUGCCGCGACAUACUCCAAUUCCUGAUGUACUACUUGCCAAUUGACGUGACUGCGUCCGCACUGCCCACACAUCUACCGUGUCACUCAGAGGCCCUUGCUCACCACCGUAAAACCUACGGGCACCAGACGCGCACAUUAAUUGCAAUUGGCCACUCACUUGGCGGAUGUUCCAUAACUCGUGCUGCGAUCUCCGUCCCUAAGCUGUUUUCCUCCAUUGUUUUAGUUGACCCCAUUAUACGUCCGCAUCCCCGGGAAGGUCCUUUGCUGAGCGGCCGAACAUAUCAAUAUGUUAUAGGAGCCCUACAACGUCAGAAUCAAUGGUCUUCUCGCGAGGAGGCGCGUAAGAGGUUCAAUGAAUCACCCUUUUUCUCUGUUUGGGAUCCAGCGGUGCUCGACAUAUACCUAGAAUGUGGACUGUGCGACGAUCCUAAUGGUGGUGUGAAGCUCAAGAUGCCAGGGAUCCAUGAAGCACUAGUCUUCUCGGAAGUAAUGACACCCUACGAAACAUGGGACCUUGUGGACUCUCUCGACACGAGUAUCGAAUUGAAGUGGAUCGUCCCAGGGAAGAAUCCUCCGGAGGAAGCUGGUGUUCGGGAAAUGCUCGUCUGGAGACGACCCGAGAAUGCGUCCAACGUCAUCAUUCCUUUUGCUGGGCAUUUGAUCGUUCAGGAGGCACCUGCAGCACUAGCUGAGGAGAUACAUUCUUUCCUGCAACGGAAGUAUGGUUUUCCAGCGUCGAGGCUUUGAUACUAUUGAGGAUCAACGUAUCCGUCACUUAUUUGGAUUCAUACGAGAGUCUAGCUGUAUGUAGAAUGGGCUCAACCCUAUUUGUAUUAUCGUGUAGUAAGUCAUCAUUACAUCUGAAACGUGUUCAUUUUGAC